CCAAUGCUUUGUUCUCUUGUUUGUCUCGCCCUUUCCAUCUCCUGCAAGUAUUUGUUUUAUUCGUUUUAUAUAAAUUUUGUCUCCUUCUUACUAGUCUCUUUUAAAACUUCCUCUUUGUCCCUCCGGUUUUUUAUUUGUUCUCUUUAAACUUCUCUGUGUUUUUUUUUUAGUUGAAGUGCCCUGGAUUUUGGGUUCUGUUUGUUAACAAGACUCCGUUGUUUGCUACGGAUCACUGCCAUUGUUAUAUGCCGAUUUAGAACGGCAUUUUAACGGCUCCUUUUCCAAAUGGUAUGGCGAAAAUGAAAAUUCAAGGUUCGUAGGGAAUUAAACCAAAAGAAAUCCAAAUUUCUGCUGGUGUGUUUUGGACAAGAUGUUGUGUGCUUGCUCAGGUGAGCAAUUUAAGUUUGAAGAGCCACCGCAGUCGCCGGAGUCACUCGCCACUAGGGAUUUCUCGGCAAGCGGUCUCUCAUCUAGGACUACUGGAGACUGGGAUUCUAAACUCGAGGAUAUUCAAGUGGAUGAAGCCGAAUCCACUCUCAAAGAAGCUCUCUCAUUGAAUUAUGAGGAGGCUAGAGCACUGCUGGGGAGGCUUGAAUACCAGAGAGGGAACUUUGAAGCUGCCCUUCAGGUAUUCCAGGGUAUUGACUCGAGAAGCUUAACCCCUAAAAUGAUUAAGGCCAUUGCUGAAAGAACUCGGCAGAGAAAGCCACGUGCCAAAGGUGAUAUUACACCUCCCAGUAUCAUGUCCAUGCAUUCAGUGAGUCUACUACUUGAAGCAAUCUUACUUAAAGCAAAAUCACUUGAGGAACUCGGGCAUUAUAGAGAGGCUGCAACGGAGUGCACUAUUAUUUUAGACAUAGUUGAAUCAGCACUACCUAAUGGUAUGCCUGAAGGCAUUGGUGAAGACUGCAAAUUGGAGGAAAUGUUUCACAAAGCAUUGGAGUUGCUACCCAUUCUGUGGAUAAAAGCAGGCUUGCUUGAUGAAGCCAUAACUGCAUAUCGCCGGGCCCUAAUCAAGCCAUGGAAUCUAGGUCCACAUAGAUUGGCUAGAGUACAAAAAGACUUGGCUUCCAUUUUACUUUUCGGUGCUGUUGAAGCAAAACUUCCCUCUCAUUUACAAGCAUGGGGUCCAUGGUCCCCCAGCAGUAGUACAGAGGAAGCAAUCCUUUUGUUGUUGGUUCUCAUGAAUAAGGUGGCUUAUGGAGAAAUCCAGUGGGAUGAAGAAAUCAUGAGUCAUCUGACCUAUGCCCUCUCAAUUAUUGGGCAGUAUGAGUUAUUGGCAGAGCAUGUGGAGCAGACUCUUCCAGGUGUCUACAACCGAGCUGAGAGGUGGUACUUUCUUGCUCUCUGUUAUAAUGCUGCAGGCCAGAAUGAAGCAGCUUUGAACCUUUUAAAGAAAGUUUCUGGGUUUUCAGAAUCAAAGCACAAACCUCAUAUCCCUUCCUAUCUAUUGGGUGCAAAACUGUGUUCUGAAGAUCCCAAGCAUGCUCAGGAAGGCAUUAAUUUUGCCCGUAAACUGAUUAAUUUGGAAAAUAAUCCAAAUCAACAUUUCAUGGUUGAAGCCCAUAAAUUCCUCGGUGUUUGCUAUGGCAAUGCCGCAAGAAUUUGCUUAUCUGAUUCUGAAAGAAUUAACCUUCAGAAAGAGUCUUUGGACUCUCUAAACCAUGCUGCGGUCAAUAGGCAGGAGGAUCCAGAAGUUAUGUAUAGCCUUGCACUUGAAAACACACUGCAAAGGAAUCUAGAUGCCGCUUUUGACAAUGCUAUUCUGUAUACUGAAACCAUGGCUGGUAACUCAGUGAAAGGUUGGAAACUACUAGCUCUUAUAGUUUCUGCCCAGCAUCGUUUCAAGGAUGCUGAAAUAGUUGUUGAAUUUGCUUUGGAUGAGGCUGGGAGAAUGGAUCAGUUUGAACUUCUUAGAUUGAAGGCUGUACUUCAAAUCGCGCAGGAGCAGCCUAAGGAGGCAAUAGAAACAUAUAGAAUAUUGCUGUCUCUUAUUCAAGCACAAAGAGAUCUUAAUGCCAAGAACCCUGAUCAUGGACAUAUGUUUGAGUCUGAGGCACUAGCAGAAAGAAAAUUAGAAUUGACAGUGUGGCAAGAUUUGGCCGCCAUUUAUACAAAACUUGGUUCUUGGUCCAAUGCCAAAAUUUGUGUGGAGAAAGCCAAAUUAAUGGAUUUUCAUUGUCCCAGAAGUUGGCAUACCACAGGAUUGUAUUUUGAAGCACAGUCACUAUACAAAGAAGCACUUGUUUCUUUCUCAGUUGCACUGUCAAUAGAACCAGACUAUGUUCCAAGUAUAGUCUCAACUGCAGGAGUAUUAAUGAAGCUCGGAAGCCAGUCAUUUCCAAUUGCAAGAAGCUUUUUAAUGAAUGCAUUGCGCUUAGACCCCACAAAUCAUGAGGCAUGGAUGAAUCUUGGUUUAAUCUCGAAAAUGGAAGGAGCUCUACAACAAGCUGCAGACUUUUUCCAAGCUGCAUAUGAGCUCAGGCUUUCGGCUCCCGUACAAAGCUUAGAAUGAAAAUGGUUUUGCAAUUAUUUUUAGGCAGUAAAUCUCCUAAAACACGAAUCUCCACGAAAUGUGUUUUUUCUUUAAUCAUCAAAAUGGCCAUUGAGUUCAACUGUUAGUAUCAACAAGAAAAAGGAGUAGCGAAGGCUGGACAUUGUUUGCUUAUUUCCACUCGCCAUCUCAGCGAUAGAUUCCCUUGAUUAAUUAAGUUGUAUAGCAACCUUUCUGUAGGGUUGAGUUCCUCUGUUGAUAUCAAAAUCGUUUGAGAUUUGUUCUGUAUUUUUCAUUGCAAUGGAAUAUUGCAUUCCAAUAUAAUAUCUACAAACAAUAUAUUCCGUUUUUUUACUUAAAAAAUAAAAAUAAUAUAUUAUCUUC